AUGUCAAAAUUAUUAACAGAAUUUAUAAGUAGUAGAUCAGCUUUUAGUAUCAUUUACAGCACUCCAUCGAAUGUAUUAACAAAGAGAGCUAAACGUAUUUGUGUGCUUGAUUCAUCAUUUAAUCCUCCGCAUUUAGGACAUUAUUCAUUAGUUAGAGAAUCACUAAUUUAUAACUAUAAUGAGCCACCAUCAGAUGGUAAGAUAGUUUUACUUCUCUUAUCGGUUAAUAAUGCUGAUAAAUUAACUCCUCAACCGGCAUCGUUUGAUCAUAGGAUUGAAAUGAUGUUUAAAUUAGCCGACCAUAUCAAUGAAUCGUUGAGGGUAGAUGUUAAAGUGGGACUAACCAAUCAUGCUAAGUUUGUCGAUAAAUCAGAAGCCAUUUGUUCCUAUAUGAAGAAUUAUGAACAGCUUUCAAUGUCUAAUAUACGAUUAUCGUUUUUAGUUGGAUAUGAUACUUUGAUUAGAAUUUUAGAUCCGAAAUAUUAUCUCCCUGAUAACUUGGAAACUGCGUUGGCUGGAUUUUUCGAAACUUCAGAUCUUUUCUGUCUCACUCGAUCUGAUGGUUCUAUAUCCUUAGAGAAACAAUUUGACUAUUUGGACUCUAUUUCCAAGGGUAAUAUACAAUACAUCCCCAAACACUGGUCUUCUAACAUCUAUUUAACUCACAAUGAAUCAUUGGAAUUAAGCAAGAUAAGUUCCUCUAGUAUAAGGUCUAAUAUUCUUAAUGAUAAUAAGGAAUGGGUUUAUAAGGUGACUCCUGAUAUUAAAAAUUAUAUAGUAAAUGAACAUAUCUAUAAAGACUAA